ACAUGGGCAUCCAGGCCCCCUCCCCCGACGUCCUGCCCAUGCACCGCCAGUGCGACGUGCUGCUGGGCCCGCUGGAGCAGCUGGGUAUCCUGUCCAUGGGGGCAUGCCACCUGCAGGCCUUCCCCGCGGAGCUGGCGGCCCACACCGCGCUGAGGGCGCUGUACCUGGACGACAACUCCAUGACCUCCCUCCCCGCCGGCUGCUACCUGGAAGGGCUUCGGGUGCUGGGCAUCGACUGGCGCGUCCUGUUCAACUCCCACAUGGUGCUGCGCCAUGCCCCCAGCCUCUCCAAGCUCUGCCUGAUGAGCAUGGGCAAGCUGGAGGCUGAGGCGG